UCAUAACCUCUGAAAUUCGCAUUUUGUGGUUACUACGUUUCGCAGAAGGCGCUACGGAAGACGAUUUUGCGGCUCGGCACGAGAUUCACCACGACUGACUACGUACCCGCUCCAAAUUUCUUCGAGAUUGCAUCUCGACUUGUUUGCAGGUAACUACAGGUUACAUCCAUAAAGUGUAGGUCAUGCAGACCACUUGCACAGUAAUGUAAUGAAUAGCUGUGGGAACUCUAAUACUGGCACCAGGCUACGUGGAUCCAAGUACGCUGAGGGUCAAGAGGAAUCAAUAAACCAAGGAGGGGGGCUAAACAAAGAAGAUAACAGCGUGAUAAGUGGUUACAGUGUGAAUGAUUUUAAUGUACCACGCAACACCCUGGUUAUUUGCCAACGAACUUCCAACUAUUCGUCAGAUCACGGCUAUAGCAGAUUUAAACCAAGACUCAGCGGCGUACCACGAAAUGAAUUUCGAAUGGCGCGUGGUGGCAGCAAUGCAGACCGUGCCAGAGGUGGAGCACGUGGUGGGAGGGCUUUCAAGAAGACCCUCAACGAUCGCGAUUCAAACUCAGAGCCUGGCUAUCUCUCUUCAUCUAGACCCAAGUUUCAAGAAUCGCUGAAAAAUCAAGAGAAUUCACAGGGCAAAUAUUACGAUGAUAAAAGAAUAAAUGAGGACUCGAGAAUUUCCAAGCUAUUGCGCCGACUGUGCCGCGAAGAUGAUUACGAUCACUUCAUAGUACUUUGCAACCAAGUACAGGAAGGUAUCACAGCACCCGAGAAUCAACGAUACAUACGACGGAACUUAGAGUUUAUAUGCGACAGUCUGUUAGAUAUUUUGCACUCCGGCCCUGGUCAGGAAGCGAAGCAACAGAUUGCAAAAUGUUUGGGUCGAAUCGGAUAUGUGGUAGAUCAAGAUUUUAAGAGUUAUAUGGACUGGACCUUCAACAAGUAUUCCUUGGAACACAAAGAUGACGUAAAAUGCCUACUGAUGAAGUCACUUAUCGAAAUACUCAAGAUGGAUUCGGAGACAUCGAAAUUGAAAGACCUCUCCGUGCCAAUGAUGUCCCAAUUGCAAUCGAUACUGGAGAACGUCGACAGGCCGGAUUUGCUGGUGGCGACGGUGGACGCUAUACUGCUCAUCAUAGAUGCCUAUCCGGCAACGUUCACGAAUCACUUCCGCGACACGGUGGACAUCCUCGUGGGCUGGCACAUCGACUCCACGCAGCAGAAGUCGGUUGUCGCUUACGCCAGCCGAUGCUUGCAGAAGUUACGGACGUUCUGGAUAGCGGACCUGCAGUUCACACUGACGUUGCUGGGUCAAUUCCUGGAGGACAUGGAGAGUUACGACGAGGAGUUGAGUUUACCCGACUCCGGCCGUAGCUCGCCCGGCGACGAUGGCAGCCCGAUGCCGAGAGACUGUAUCCUGCGCAUCACUUCGUUGAUCUCCGUUUUCAACACGGUCACUAAGAGCAUAUCCGAGCACUUGAAUCCAAACGUCACACCCAGCGUGCAGUGGUCCUUCCUGACAGACUGCCUGUCGAAGAUGCUGAAAACGGUCAUCAAGGCGAUCGAGCUGGAGGAAGAGAACGAUGUCUGGUCCAAGGGCGUGCCUGACAACGCCGAGAGCUUGAUCAAGUGCAUAAGGGACGCGAGUUCGUCGCAACAACACACCGAGCUGCUGUCCAAGCACUUCAGCAAGGACGAGAUCACCGAGGAGAAUCUCAUCAAGAUGAUCAAGUCUAUGACAAUAAAUAAGAAUGAUAAGAGAAACUCGACGAUACCUUCCGACAAGGACGUCGUGUCCAAGGAGAAGGGACAGUUGCUGAUGAACUUGCUGCGUUCGAUGGAGCGAAAAACGAGGCAGAUCGAGGAGCUGUCGGAGGAGAAGGAGGAGCUGAUUGUAGUCGCGAACGAGUGCGCCUUCUUGCUCCUCGGCUACCUUCAGAGCCGCAUCACCAAGAACCACGAGCUCCUCUACAAGUUCGUAGACCUACAGUUGCAGAGAGUCGACAUCUUCUGGGACGAUACCAUCAUCUCGAUGUUGACCACCAUAUCGAAGAUCAUCAAGGAGGUGUCCGCGAACUUGCCGUUGGAGCUGGUGCACAAGCUGCUCGGCAAGAACUCGAUGCUGCUGAAGUUGCGGUUCCGGAACUCCAUUUCCAUUCAGAACGCGAGUCUCGGGGUAUACCACAGCCUGCUCAGUCUGAAGAACAUCCCGUUGCUGCAGGAAUCGUACCGUUACAUACUGGCCGAGCUAGAGAUCGCUUACCGGCUCAUAUUGCCGGAUAUGGACAGUUUGGUCGCGGACAACCCGCUCAACGACUUGAGAUACGUGAAGAGCGACGUCGUCAUCGUCGUCACGUUCAUAUUGCGCGCCCUUUCAGACAUAGCCAACGCGAGUAACUCGAUCAUCGGAAUGUGGGCUUUGAAGCCCAGCAUCCUGGAACUUCUCGCGGUCAAGCUGAGACCCUACGACACCACGUUGUCCACGAGCAAUUCGUUCUUGCAAUACAGCAUCUUGUACCUGCUUUACGCGCACUGUUCCAGGUACAACCACUUCGUUCCAAGUUCCAACUUGAUAAUGGGCACCACCGCCUGCCGCCAAAUCGAUAUGUUCCCCGGGACUUUGGACGUGCCGACCACGUCGCCGACUAGCGGCCACUUAUCCAUCAUUCUCAACCUGCUCGCGAAGACCUACAACAGGAGCACACCUGUUCAGACGUUGCAGCUUCUGUUCAACUGGAUGCAGGAGAUCUGCGUGCAGUCCGAAAAUUACAUUGGGAUCUUGAGCAAGACGCAGGAGUGCGAGAACAUUAUUACGAGUCUGAUCAGUUGCGGCGCUACGACCAAUAACGACAUCUCCAGCGGGGUGUGCAACCUCCUCGAGAUUCUGAUGACCGCGAAGAACGUAGUGUGGAAGCAAGAAACGUACUCGAGUAUCGUGGACUUGGCGAUGUUGCAUUUAACGUCGUGCGACCAAACGGUCCGCAAGAAGUACAGCUCGCUGCUCAUGCGUAUGCCCAUCAACAUUGUCAUGCAGAAGCUCAACAAGCAAUGUUUGUUCUCGGACACGAAGAAAAUACGGGAGAUCGAGACGUACUCGACGGAGUCGCUGGUGCUCGCUCAAAGACUGCACAUGCGAGGUAACAACAACGGGGAAUUGCUGGCGCAGCACUUCAAGACCUACAUGAAGUUCCUGCUGCAAGAGCGCUAUCUCAAGAUGUUCAGUUUGUCGGGGAUCUUCACCCUGUGUUGGCCAGCCGUGUCGGAAAACGAGACCAUAGCGCGGAUGUACCGCUUGUCCUUGGCGAACUGCUCGUUUCUAUUCUUCUGGAGCGGCUUCGAGGCGGCGCAGCACUGCGUGGCCAACAAGCUGCGCACGUACCUGGGCAAGCCGCAGGAGACGUUCACGUCGAUCGAGGGUGCGCUGAAGGUUCUGGCUCGCGAGAUAUCGUGCAGCACAGACAUGGUGAAGAAGGACGCGGUGAAGAAGGACAUGCUGAAGAAGGACGCGGACUCAGACGACGACGAGGAAGAUUACAUCCUGCACGAGCAGACCAGCGUGCGGCUGUUCGUCGAGUUCCUCGAGCACCUGGAACGAGUGAUCCACAACGCCGCGGACGGUUGCGCGAUGGUGCUACUGCCGUUGUCCAAGCCGGUGAGAACCUUCUUCCACACCAAUAAAUCGACAUGCAAGGAGUGGUUGAAUCGCAUACGACUGGCCCUGUGCGUGGUCUCCUUGCACUCGGGCUUGGCGACCAGCGCCUUGCGCAACGGCCAACGUCUGUUGGAGGACCUGAGCAACGCCGAUAACACUCAGGGCGUUGAGUUCGAGAGAGCCACGCUGUGGACAGCUCAGGCGAUGGUGACGUUGGACGAAGCGGAGGCGUUGCAGGGUCUCUACGUGUACACGAAGGAGAAGGACAGAAAGUUCCCGUGGCUGAAGGCGGCCAUGGAGGAGGCUGCCGGUCAUUACGAGUCGGCGGCGGACAGUUACAAGCAGAUCAUUGAGGAGCACGUGCAAGCCAAGGCGGACGAUGAGGCCAGGUCCGCGAAGAACGAGAGCGACAAUCAGGUGCUGGGUUUCUGCAUGCAACGACUCAGCAACUGCUAUAAAGCUACGAGCGACUGGUCCGGCCUGGAAGCCUGGAAAUUGCAGGAGACCGACAUGCUGGCGCAAGAGAAGGACGCUCUGCUGAAGAAACAGCUGACUGACAACAUCACGCUGCAACAGGCGCGCUGUCUGAAGAAGUUUGAAGAGGGUGAACUGAUUUCCCUGGACGAGCUGACAAAUUGGAAUCUGCUGGACGAGAAGAAGAGCAACUGGAGCUGCGCGAAGACCCUGGUCGAGUGCAGCAACAGCCUGACCAACGCCGCGCUGCGGAUUCGUAGCAACGAGCAGGACAAGAUGCUCGGCAGCGAGAUCGACAAGUGCCAAGAGUUCGCAGCCAAGACGAUGCAGGAUGGCCUGCGGAACGUGCCGUCCGAAUAUCUGAACGACGCCAUAUUACUUCAGUAUUCGGCGACCGGACUAAAGAGUCUGCUGUGCGGCAAAAGCUGCAACGUCUUCGAGUUGUACAAGUCUGACAAGAUAAACGACAUCAACUCGGACAUCCUGACGCAAGUGUUGUGGUGGUCGGAGUAUUUUAACCAGUCGUGCAACAACGGCACCACCACGGAGGUCGACAGUCUGCGGCUGCACGUGAUCAGGGCCGCGAGGAAGGAGGGUAACUUCCAGUUGGCGAAGCGGGAGAUGGUGAAGUAUUUCAAGAUGGUGCAGGACCUGUUCCAGACGAAGAACCCGAGCGCCAGCACCUUCGGCGAGAUCACGAGCUGCAUGCUGAACGAGCCGAUCCGCGUCAAGUGGACGAAGAACAGCAUGCGCGCCUUCCGCCAGUUCUCCAAGCUGCUCUACGACAUGGAGAACACGAGCGAGGCCUUGAAGAUGUGCUGCGUCACUUCGCUGGGGAUUUCGCAAGCCAUCGUCAGCGGCGAGCAGUCCGCUGAGCUGCGCGAGACCGGCACUAAGCUGCUGCUCACCCUCGGCAAGUGGAUACAACAGGACAUCAAUGUGAGCGACAACCCGCAGCUGGAGGAGCUGCUGCGCUUCGAAGCCGUGCACAACGACGGUCUGAUGGACAAGCUGUUCGGCGACACGGUUGACCUCAUCCCGACGUCCGACAUGAUAAUCGGCAAGCUGAUGCAGCUGGGCGUGAACCAGUGCCCGGAUCUGCCGCUCGCCUGGUCCAGCUUCGCUGCUUGGUGCUACAAGUGGGGCCGCAAGAUUGUCGACAACUCGAAUUCCGGCCAGUUGACGGACACCGACCGGAUAAAGAUUCAGUCGCUGUUGCCGGUGGACAUCGCCGAGACCGACCUCAACACCGUCUUCUCCAUACUAAGCCAGAACAAGACUAUACCUGAAGACGAGGGUGACAUCGACACCAACGACAUCAAUACGUCCGACAUGAUAGAGAACCAACUGCGGAACGUGCCGGUGCUGAGUCGCGCCGCUAACGAUCACCUCGGCAUGCUGGUCGACAUCUGGAGGCAGGCACAGAAGAGGAUCUAUUCGUACUACGAGCUCUCUGCGAACGCGUACUUCAAGUACCUGCAGUUGGCCAACAACGAGAGCAACGAGUGCGACACCAUCACGGCGACCUUGCGAUUGCUGCGGCUGGUUGUGAAGCACGCGUUGGAGCUGCAGAACGUGCUGGAAGCCGGUCUCUCCACCACCCCGACCGCCCCAUGGAAACAAAUCAUCCCGCAACUGUUCUCCAGACUCAGUCAUCCCGAAGCUUACGUGCGUACUCAAGUGUCGGAAUUGUUGUGCCGAGUGGCGGAGAACUCGCCGCACCUCAUCACCUUUCCGGCCGUGGUGGGCGCGGUGUCGGGCCGCGAGAAGAAGGCCUACGACAAGGUGAUCUACGACAAGUCCGACAACGACAAUUCGCAGAACGAUCUGGACUACAACGAGGAGGAUGCCACGUACAACGACGAGCACGAGAGCUUCAUGGACUCGUGCUUCUCGCAGCUGGUCGACUGCCUCUCGAGCCGCAUCCAGGACUCCGUAGUCCAAGUGAAGGUGCUAGUGAAGGAGCUCAGGAGGAUCACGCUGCUAUGGGACGAGUUAUGGCUGGCGACCUUGUGCCAGCAUCACACGGAAAUCACGAAACGAUUCGAGCAGCUGGAGAUCGAGAUCCAACGGGUCCAGGACAACGUGUGGCUCGCGCCCGAGGAGAAGGAUAAGCUGAUCGCGGAGAAGCACAGAAUCAUCCUCAAGCCGAUCACCUUCAUCUUGGAGAAUCUGCUCUCCAUGACGUCCGUGACCGCCGAGACGCCGCACGAGAAGAACUUUCAGGACAAAUUCGGCGCCACUAUUGAGGACGUGAUCAACCGACUCAACAACCCUAAGUACCCGGCGAAACCUCAGCUGGCCAGCGUGCCACUCAAGCACCUGGAAGCGAAGCUAGCGCAGCGCGUGCACCGACGGGCCGCUUACUCCUUAUUGAUGACCGACAUCAGCCCCAUUCUGGCGAACCUCAAAGACACCUGCAUCGCCAUGCCGGGCGUCGCCGCCGUCGACAACAAGGUCGUCACGAUCAUGUCGGUGAACAACAAUGUCCAGAUCCUGCCGACCAAGACGAAGCCGAAGAAGCUGAUAUUCCACGGCUCGGACGGCCACGUUUACACGUACCUGUUCAAAGGACUGGAAGACUUGCACUUGGACGAGAGAAUAAUGCAGUUCCUCAACAUAUGCAACACCAUGAUGUCGAAGAACAGUGAGACCAAGGCCUACAGGGCGCGUCACUACUCUGUGAUACCCCUGGGUCCCCGAUCCGGCCUCAUUCAGUGGGUCGACGGCGUCACGCCGUUAUUCAUACUCUACAAACGUUGGCAGCAGCGCGAAUGCGCUAUGACCAACAAGACCGGAAAUUCGGCCAUCAUGCGACCGUCCGAAUUGUUUUACAACAAGCUCACACCGCUGCUGAAGGAACGGGGAAUCGGUCUGGAGAAUCGGAAGGAGUGGCCCAUCCAGGUGCUGAAGCAAGUACUGACCGAGCUGAUGAAUGAGACGCCUAAAGACCUGCUAGCUAAAGAAAUCUGGUGCAACAGCGUCAACGCCGGCAGCUGGUGGCAAGCCACCAGGAAUUACUCGUACUCCGUCGCGGUCAUGUCCAUCAUCGGCUACAUCAUCGGUCUGGGCGACCGACACUUGGACAACGUUCUCGUCGACCUCAACACCGGCGAAGUCGUGCAUAUCGACUACAACGUCUGCUUCGAGAAAGGCAAGACCCUGCGCGUCCCGGAGAAAGUGCCGUUCCGCAUGACGCCGAACAUCAAAGCGGCCUUGGGAGUGACCGGUGUCGAGGGUAUAUUUAGGUUCGCCUGCGAGCACACGCUGAGAGUGAUGCGCAGAGGUCGCGAGACGCUGCUCACCCUGCUGGAGGCCUUCGUGUACGAUCCCUUGGUGGACUGGCGUGCCGGUGCGGACACGAGUAUAGCAAGUUACGGUGCCUGCCAGGCGAGAGCGAGGUGCACCGGCAUCGGCAGGAAGCAGCUGGAGCAGGAACUGACGCGCGCCAUGUUCGCCGUGAGGACGGCGGAAAUGCGCGCCGAAUGGUUGGCCAACAGGGACGAGUUGUCCAAGACCUUCCCGCAGCUGUGUCAGCACCUCAACAGCUGGAUCGAGGCGACCGAGGCCUCUCGUCAGUGCCAGGACCUGCUGCAGGAUCGACACCAGCAGCUCGCGCUGGUGAAGGAGGCGCAGGCGAUGGGUCGGAAUCAUGCCCUGUAUUCGGUGGUCAAGCGGUACAACUCGUUCAAGCGGGCACGGGACGCCCACGAGAAGGCCAAGGCCGGGCUGAAAGAGAAGAUAGAGGACUGCGAGAAGCAGAUCAACAUGCACAACAUCACACUGGCAACCGUGCGAGGCCCUCAGCUGGGACAGUGGCUGGCGGAGCUGGGAAGCUCGGCUAGCCAGGAAGAGCACGUAGUGUUUGAUCUCGUGAAAGAAUUCCUACAAAACGCCGGCCAGAGUCAAAUGAUACUGCAGUGCGAGCAAUCGGAGAACGAAUUGACGCAGCUGGCUAGCCAGCAGUCCCACUUCAUACGUAGCUGUUUGGAGCUGCUGAGCCAGUAUGCCGCAAUCUGCAGCCUGUACCCGCUGAGCACUCUGUCGCAACACCGCACGGUGCUUUAUCACACUUGGGCAAAUAAGCUGUUGAUCUCUGGCACCGUCGAGGCGUGCCACGAGGUCAUGGCGCAAUUCGAGACGAAUCUCGAGCCGAUCAAUCCAAAGAGUCCGCAGGUUCAACAGAUAAUCACGUUCUCCUACCAGAUGCAAGGUAUACUGAACGAGGCGAACGAGAGGCUGAAGAAGGCGUACGAGCGGAUGGUCUCCGAGGGCCUGCCGGAGGCCAUCAACAGAAUCGAGAAGGCGUACACCGAGUCGAGGACGCAGAUCACGAACUUUCUGCGGCGGGAGAAGGGCGCGGAGCGGGCGCUCGAGUGCGUCAACAUCACCGCGCUGUGCGCCUUGAACAAGAGAUACCUGAUGAUGGAGGGCGCCGCCAAGUGCGCCGGCGACUGCUUGGUGGACCUGACGUCCCGCGAGGGCGACUGGUUCCUCGACGAGAUGCGGCUCAUGUCGUCGUUGAUCGCCGAGUUGGUCACGCUGAUACCGGAGAACCACAAGACUAAUAACGACCCGAAGAUCUCGCUGAUACUCAAAUGCCUGAAGAGCGCCGACAGCAUCUACAAGGGCCUGCAGGAGCUCAACUACAACUUCCAGACCAUCAUACUGCCGGAGGCGAUGAAGACCAUCAUCACGGAGGAGCCCAGCGUUAUGCGAAUGAUCAACGAGCUCAGUGAGAUCGUGCUGACCGGCUUGCCGCCCGGCGACAUCUUGGCGCAGCUCGAGAUACACCUGAGAUUCACCGUCAUGGAAAUGGAGAGCCCGCACGCGCUGGUGCAGGGUCUAGUGACCAACAUGAGGCUGCGAUUCGAAGCGUUACUGUCGCGGCCCGCGGAGGUGCAGGACUUGAAUCAGGAGGAGACUCUGACACCUGGGCAAAUGCUGUUGAUGGGUUUCAACGGUCUGUUCGAGAAGCUGCAGAUGGAGGGUAACGCCUUGGUGGCCACAUUGAGCUCCUUGGACAUCCCGCUAAAUUGGAAGAAGAUCGAUCAGAUACGAGAGGCCAAGGAGAUGUCGGCGCCCAUCUUCAACAAAGCGGCCCGGCAGGUUUUGGAGGAUAUAUUCUUGAUCAAGAGACUACAUACCAUACAGGAGUUCUUCAUGAUGUGCAGAGACAUUGCUACCGCGUUUAAGGGCGGCUUGACCAAUGUGUACGAUGACGAACAGCUCAACAAGCCGGUCAGAGUGUUCACAGCCGACUACGUGUCGAGGCAGCUGCUCGGAGUGACGUCGCAGACAUUGGCGAUUGCUUUGUGCUUUUUGCUGCAGCGGAUGGGUCUCAACGUCACCACCGAAAUCGAGCAGCGGGACAUAGGCGCGGAGAGCAAAGUCUCGAUUGAAGAACUGUGCCGCAAGAUUGUCGAUCUGUGCCUGAAGAGGGGAUUAUUCUCAGGCUCGGUCUUGGCUCAGGCUGGUGCGCUCAGCAGCACGCUGGAGAGCGCCUUCAAGCGGAAGCAGGGCGCCCGAUUGGCGCAACAAAGUGUCGAGGUAACCAGGGCCAGUGUACAAAGACUCCAGCUACAGCUUACGGCUCACCAUUGGCUGCACGAAGAUAUCUUGAUGUUGAGGUCCAACAUGAACCCGUUGAAUCCUCUAAAUCGUUCUGCCUUCAUGCUGGAGCUGCGGAAAACGGCGACGGCACUGUCGGGGCUGCAGUCGCGGGUAUGCGAGGCCCGCGAACAGCAACAGAACCUUGUCGCAAGCGCCAUACAACGUCUCAAGUGGGCCGCCGGCGCCAAUCCAGCAUUGGGCGAAGUGAUGUCGGCAUUCGACAACGCCGUGCUGUCAUCGUGCGAAAAGCUCACCAGGCAACACAACCUCGCGGCGAUGGUAAUGAACACGUGCAAUUCCAUCCUGCACUACGAGGCACUGCGCACGCGGACGUCCGAGAGUGUGACGCACGACGCGAACUUUGUGAAGCUGAUAAAGCACUGGGAGGAGAGCUGCAUGUUGACGGUCAACCUGAACAUUACCGUCACCAUGAUAGAGGAGAGUCUCGUGCAGCUGCUGCAGCUGGAGAACAACGUCGACGUCAACUGGCUGAAGCAGGCGGAGAAAAUCGUGUCUGAGGCUAUCCUCGACACCCAGAAGAAGCUGCAAGACAAACAGGAAACCCUGUACAAGACCCAGGGCUACUUGAGGGAGCGAGUGGCGAGUUUGCAGAGCGUGCUCACCGAGCAUCACAGACUCAUGUCAGACGUGAGAGUAUUGCUGAGAACGAUGGCCAAGCAGGAGAAUAUCGUUGGUUUGCAGGACUUCUUGUCGGCGUACCGUUCGUUCACAGAGAGCGUGUCAGCGGUAGUGAAGGAGCUGGAGUCUGAGAAGUUCGACACCGCGCGAAGCGUGGCGAUCAAGGAAGAGCUGCAGACCAUGGCGAUCAAGGCGCCUGGGCUGUAUAACGAGCUGCUGGAAUUUGCGAGCGAGCAGAGGCUCAACGCGGCGAAGAGCGCGGAGAAGGACAACCUGCUGAAGAAGAAGAACAAGCUGGUGAGACAAGACAGUGUAUGCAUGAGCCCGAGGAAAGGCGUGCCAUUAGCCAGAGAUCCGACCACGGGAAAAGCUGUACAAGAGCGGAACGCCUACGCGCUGAACGUGUGGCGUCGCGUGCGCAUGAAGCUGGAGGGUCGCGACCCGCAGCCGUCGCGCAAGUACACGACCGCCGAGCAGGUGGAGUACGUGAUACGCGAGGCGCAGAGCACCGACAACCUGGCGCUGCUAUACGAGGGCUGGACACCGUGGGUCUGAACGGACGGCGGCUGGCGCGCGCGCGCGCGCGCCGAUGGCUCGACACUCGUCUCAUAACGGUACUCAAGCUCGUACCGCUCGUACGUCGUCGCCCUACGUUGCCGUAGAGGCGAGACCCUCUCCGCACCUCGACAGCAGGCUGCGGCGGCACUCGACCAGCCAGUCACAUCCGCGCGCGAACCACAAGUCAAUAGGAAAAGAAGAAAACCAAGAAAAGAAGAAAAAACAGCAAGCAUAGUCGGUUUUAAGGCUCGCCCGCAGCCUGCGUGAGAGCGUGCGUGAAUAUGCGUCGCGGCGGCUCGAUCACCGGCGCGACCACUGGGAAAACAAAACAACAACCCACCCACUGUGCCCGAGUUGCUGAUGCCGUUUCGUCGUCCCGAAAGCGCGUCGUGGCUCGCGAGCGGUUUAUUCGCGGAUUAGAGGAGGGACGAGUUGCUCCCCAGUUGCUGCUUGUUUGUACCUCACGGGUGCGGGAAAGAGAGUGUGAAGGCGAUUGCGGGGGUUAUGGAUCGGGGCGGUGGGAUCCUCGUGAAUUCAAUCUGCCGUCCCUGCUCGUGUGAUGUCUCGUAAGAACGGCUAGCUCUUGUAUUUAGGGAAGAGAAGAAAAGGGAAGGAAGGUAGAUGGGAUUCCUGAGUAUUCCUUUCGAGUAGGGUAACAUGCUGACUCGGUGGACGCGGAUAAAAACGGAUAAACGGCUUUACUUUAGCUGGGAGCCACGGGAUUUUGGGGGAAAAGCGGGCGAUCAGUCGCAUCUGUUAAGCUAUAUAGUCGCGUGAAAUUCGACUGACGACAUUGACGGGGAAUAAUUGACGAUGACGAUGAUGAUGAACGAUGACGAUGACGGUGGUAUUGUAAGGAGAUCGUGCUGUCGAUCGUAUGUAAGGUCAUCGCAUCGGGAGAAGCAGCGAAGGAGCGUCCUCGGACGAGAUCCUGGUUGCCGGCUCACUCGGUAGACUGGCAUCCUCGAGUCGAAGAUGACGUAGCGUUAAUAAUGUUAAGCGCAUAACCGUAUUACACAGGCAGACUUGACGAUUCAUCCGAUCGGCAAGAGAAAGCGCAACCGUCAGGCAAGGCACCAUCGCAGCGUUACUUUGACGAGACCAACAGCAAAAUUAUUACCGGACCCGCCACUUAACAGAGGGACUACGAAUAGAGUUAUCAUUAUUAUUAUUAUUACUACUAUUAUUAUUACUAUUGAGUUGUAUAUGUAACCGAGGAUAUGUCAAAAACACACCAACACACACGCAUGCACACACACGCGCGAACACACACACACACACACACAAACACAAACGAUACACACAAGUCGUACACGCUAACGGACGUGUUUGAAAGGAAAUAAUCAAUGUUAUAUCGCAAACGAUUAAUCGCCGAUUUCCUAAAUUGGACGCUCGUAGUCGCACACAUCGACUUGAGUUUUGCCUCACACUAUCAAACAAUUUGAACGAGAAGAAGGAAACACACACCGACUAAUUUCGUAGCCGAUACCGAUACCUCGCGACGAUAAUUUCCACUGUACA